AGCUUCUUCUCCUGGCUGUGCAAAUAUCAAUAAAGUGAUAAAAGGAUGGCAGUUGUCCCAGUUCCAUUUGCCAUAACCUUAUCCUCAGUUCAUCUCACCUGCUUCCGGAUGCUUUCUUGCUCGUCGCUCCUCAACUUCUCGAUCUGAUAACUCAACUUGAGAACUCGUUGUUGUUAUUCCGCACAUUGUUCCACUCUUAGUUACACCUCUCGAGUCUGGAUUUUAUUUGAUUCACUCCGUACCGUCACCUCGACUACUGCUCUGUAACUCAAUCGGCAAUGACAUCGACUCAGAGGAACUCGGAACCUUCCGACGACAACAACGACAACGGCACCCAGCCCCUUGAACAUCUUGAAAUGCCUCACGUCCAGGAUUCCAUUGAAUUAGAGACCAAUACAACGUUCCGCCGGGCACUCUCCAAGGCUGCUUUCAUUGUCUACAUCUGUAUCAUCAUGGCGUACAUCUUCCUUUCGGCCCAGGGACCAGGAGACGAGCAAGGCCACUUCAGGAUCGCACGUCUAGUAGUUCUGGUCUUCUGGAUGGUCAACAGUGGAGUGCUCUUCCUCUGCUACGCGAACUAUCUUAUCCGACACAAGGUUGAAAUUACAUUAGCCUUUAUCAUCGCAUUACUUUGCGUGCUCGGCCUCGUCGGUGCAGGCGAGGGCGCCAUCACGGAUGGUAUCGGCGUCAUUAUGGUGUGUAUCGUUGUUGCCACUCUUUGUCAUGGCCUGCCAGGACGCUUGGGCUAUAUAGGGGCGGCGUAGAACGAUUUAGGACGGAACAAAUGCUAGAGGUAGGGGAAAGCGAUGCAUUUUUCAUAAGGUCUUUGAUUUAUUUAGGAGAGGGAUCUGACGAACUGG